GGGGUAAUCUUCCCUAACCCACCCCCAACUGAAUGAAAAAGAAUAAAGAGGGAAAGUUUAAAGAAUAAAUGUGCCGCUCUUCUUUCUCUUUAAGAAAGCAAAAUAUGUACAGACUGAAUCGUUCGCACGCCAUUUUAUAAAUUUGAAGGUAAUUUCCUUUCAUCGAGGGAGAAUAGGCUCUUGACAGUAGUUUUUUUCCAGUUUCAGGCUACCCCACGGUCAUAUCAGACAUGGAGAGAUUGCAGAGGAUAUUUUCAGGCGCGGGCGGCAUGGGACCGCCUGCUACAGACGGCCCCAUGCUGGAUUCCUCAGAGCAGGUCUACAUUUCGUCGCUCGCCCUCCUCAAAAUGCUCAAGCACGGUAGAGCUGGAGUACCAAUGGAGGUUAUGGGACUGAUGCUUGGUGAAUUUGUUGAUGAGUACACAGUUCGAGUAGUAGAUGUAUUUGCUAUGCCCCAAAGCGGUACUGGAGUAAGUGUUGAAGCAGUUGAUCAUGUUUUUCAGACGAAUAUGCUUGACAUGCUUAAGCAGACUGGCAGACAGGAGAUGGUUGUAGGAUGGUACCAUUCACAUCCUGGUUUUGGAUGUUGGCUAUCAGGUGUUGAUAUCAACACCCAGCAGAGCUUUGAGGCUCUAAAUCCACGAGCUGUUGCUGUGGUUGUUGAUCCUAUUCAAAGUGUAAAGGGAAAGGUUGUGAUUGAUGCAUUCCGCUUAAUCAAUCCACAAACUAUGAUGCUUGGGCAGGAGCCUCGACAAACAACUUCAAAUCUUGGGCAUCUGAAUAAACCAUCAAUUCAAGCAUUGAUCCAUGGUUUGAAUCGACAUUAUUAUUCGAUUGCUAUUAACUAUCGAAAAAAUGAGUUAGAAGAAAAGAUGCUACUCAACUUGCAUAAGAAGAAAUGGGCUGAUGGUCUGACCCUGCAACGCUUUGAUUGUCAUGCUAAGACAAAUGAACAGACAGUUCAGGAAAUGCUUGAUCUUGCAGUCAAGUAUAAUAAGGCUGUACAAGAAGAGGACCAACUACCUCCUGAAAAGCUUGCUAUUGCCAAUGUAGGAAGACAAGAUGCUAAAAAGCAUCUGGAGGAACAUGUCUCGAAUCUGAUGUCUUCAAACAUAGUUCAGACCCUAGGGACGAUGCUUGAUACAGUUGUUUUCUAAGUUGAUUGUGUUUACUAUCUUUGAGGUCCCAGAAACGAGUAAACAUCUUUGGCUUUCACAUCUCUGCAUUUAUCAAAAUAAUCAGGCAGCAAAUGUAAGGAGUGUUGACCAAACCUCUAUGAUCUUUAUUUGUUAGAAUUUAGAAUGAGACUGCAUAUUCAAGGAAUCAAGGGUUUGUCAAAAUUUGGUCAAAGCUCAUUAGUCAUGGAUCUAACGGUUGAGGUUUCAUAUCCUAUGGUUGUAACUGCAAUUGAAGUUGAAUGAUUGUGACCGAGACUGUGGAGUGUACAAUGUUAGUAUAUCGAUUAUUUAGAUGUUUGAGGUGUUUUUGAAAUUUAAAUGUAUGCAACAGUAAACAUGAAAACAAAGAGUGGUGUUUAAGCCUUGCUGGUGA